AUGUCCAAGACCAUCAAAAUGAUUUCUUCUUAUGCGAGUUUCAGACCAGCACUCGGUCCACAUAAACCAGUGACGAUUAGAUUACAAUUGCGAUUAAGUCAAAUCAUAGAUGUGCACGAAAUUGAUCAGAUCAUGUCAUGUUCGGUAUGGUUGAAGCAGGUGUGGAUCGACAAGAGAUUAUCAUGGGAUCCGAAAAAUUACGGUGGUGUUAGUGUGCUUUACGUACCUAAUGAAAUGUUAUGGGUGCCGGAUAUUAUACUUUAUAAUAAUGCUGACAGCUAUUAUAACAUCACUAUCUCAACUAAGGCGACGUUGCACUAUUCUGGUCAGGUCACAUGGGAACCUCCUGCAAUUUUCAAAAGCAUGUGUCAAAUCGAUUUUCGUUAUAGUGAAGAGUUGGAGAAAACAGCCACAUCAUUUUUCAGGUUUCCCUUUGAUGAGCAGAAAUGUUUUUUAAAGUUUGGAUCAUGGACAUAUUCCGAUUCACUUUUACGUCUGGAAUUACUUGAUGAGAAUGUUCGUUAUGAGGAAGAGGUGAAUGAGAGGGGCAUCGUAGACAAUAUAACUAUAGCGGAGGAUGGAAUAGAUUUAUCCGAUUACUAUCCUUCUGUGGAAUGGGAUAUAAUGUCACGAACGGGUAUACGUCGAUCGAAAUACUAUCCAACCUGUUGCAGAGAAAGCCCAUAUAACGAUAUCACGUACUACCUAAAUCUCCGUCGUAAACCGCUAUUCUACACAGUGAACUUAGUGUUUCCAUGCGUCGGCAUAUCCUUUCUGACGAUUGCUGUUUUCUAUUUGCCAUCAUAUUCUGGCGAAAAAGUAACAUUAUGCAUUCUUAUUCUCGUUGCAUUAACAGUGUUCAUCCUUCUACUGGUAAAGACUAUGCCAUUGUGGAUGAGAACUGUGUUUCUUGACUGGUUGCCAAAAUUUUUGUUGAUGGAAAGACGAGUUGAUGAUUACGAGAAGUCCUCUCGACGGGUUACUUCGCAGGAGACAAUUGGUUUGUUUUCGUGUUAACG